AGCGAACCUAAGAAAUUAACGGUAUCGUUUGUUAUGAAUUUCACGGAACUGAGCUUUGUGAAGCCUUCAGCAAAGGAGCUGCGCAGCCCUUCGGAUCCACUACUUCGCUCUGUGAAGCAAGUUGAGAAACGAACAUUCCCCACCAGUGAGAUUUUCGAUUUUGAUGGUGAGCUUGCUAAGCGGACUACACAUUUUUAUUGUGCACUCAGGGGGAGUGUAGGGAAGUCCAGGGAUUUGGAGUUGUAUGGUUAUAUCGUCUUUGUCCGCUCGAGGCUAGUCACACGCAUACAUAAGGUUUGCGUUGUCGAGGAGCAGAGAGGAAAGGGGGUCGGCAAGUGGAUGCUGGGCCUUGUGCUCGCUGAGCUCAGGAAAGGUGGGGCAGAGAAGGUGGACUUGUGGGUUGAUGCGGAUAGGGAAGCUGCACGAAGGCUUUACCUUUCAUGUGGAUUUGAGGAGAGGGAGACUGUGAAUGACUACUACUCCGCUGGACGCCAUGGUAUCAGGAUGGAAGCCACUUUGGCGAAUUAGCAAUCAUGAACAUGGCUGCGCUUUUUUGAGUUAUCCUUUAUGGGAAUUUCUCGAUGGAGUUACUUUUGGCGAUUUGGCUUCCUGGGGACCCCUGGCAUUAGUCUACACUGAAUUCCAUACCAUUCCACGCACCGGAUAUGGAAAUCGCGACCUUUCUUCAAUUGCGAUGAUGGCAGUGUCUUCCCGCAUAGUGGGAUUUGCCUCACGACCAUGAGGUACUCAAGUCUACGUUCCUUAGGUUUUGAGCAACUACGUAAGGGAGAGAGUCUUCAGGAUGGGAGAACUUAAUGGACAUGGGAGCCUAUGUAGCCCCCCCCCCCCGGGUCUUCGAGAUAUCAUUCCGAUAUUCUCUUUCAGUCACUUUUACUCUCUUUCCCCCACCAGACGCUCUUUUGUCUAGAAAGCCUCUUUUGUUUAUUCCUACACUCCUUUUUAGGUUUCUUCGCAAUUUCUUGUCCGCCCUUUUGACGAACGGUUUGGUUAUUUAUUGCCUUUCUUUUGGAUUUAUCUGCUAUAUUUCUCUGGGGGCUGAUUGGAGAUAUAUUGACAUAAUUGGAAGACUUAUGGGGCAAGUGCCUUUGUCCGGAAAGUAGUUGAAAUAGUUAACUAAUGGUUCAUACAGAGGCCGCUCAUUCCUUCGUAUGUCUUUGCUGUUGUUCCUUUCCUUUGCCUCGGUGGUUAUCGAUGCAGGUGCACCUUUUGUAGCCUUUCCGAUAAGCUCGCAAGUACCGCCGGUUGCUCGGGCUACUAAACCUUUCGAGUUCGUUUUCUCAUCAUCGACAUUCCUAUCAGAUGCGCAACCUCUACAGUUCACACUGAGUGGUGGC